CGUUUCUAUGAGCCACUGGUCCUGUUAUACACGCUAGGCAGAACGAGGGGCGAGCAUACAUGUGCUGUACUUUCCACCCAAGAGAAUGUUUCUCACCUGCCACUCAAAGAGUUGAGACGGAAAUUCCUUAGCGAACUGGCGUACGCAUGCGAUUACGACAAAGGCGGUGACACGGUCACGGCUAUUGGACUGGAAUCCACCCCGCAACGGUAUAUCUUUUGGGUGGCUUCGAACUCCUGUCCGAGGAGGAAAAUCAUACCGUUCCUACGGUCACUCCUAGCCAGAUUAAAACAUGUGUCAGACGAGUCAGCCCAGUUGCCACCGGAAGGGCCAGUGGAUAUAGCUACACUUUGCAUACACUUUGCAAGUCCAAGGAUCAAGAAAUACAGGAGUCAUCUAAGCCCGUUGCUGCGAAGGUGCCAAGGGUAUCUUGCCGAAACAGAACGAAAGGAUGGUACCAAUCCCAAGGAUGCUGACAUCCACUCUUUAGUAACUGGCCUUGCUGAAUGGCUACAAAUUUGGGAGUGCCAACUUAGCCCCAUAGACUUGUGCCGUCUCGCGUACGAAAACCGGAAGUCUGACUUCAUGCGCACACUAGCAAAACUGAGCAUGGAACCUACCUACAAGAGUAACGAAGACGCCAUACACCACGCUUUUGGUUUACUAAGGCAUUACAUCGGACGACUUGCACAUCACAUAAGAGCGGUCGACACGCUACUCUCUUGUGCAUCCAGACUUUCGGAAUUGCUCUACGACUUUGAAGUCCGCAGUAUCCCUACUCCAGCCAAAUCCGCGCUGCCUCCAACCGACGCAAUGACACGGCUAGAAAGCAUUAUAGUCCGCAUGUUACCCGCAAAGUCUCCAGACCUUGACCGCUAUCAACAAGCCCUCAUAGAGAUGGACGUUAAGUACCAACUAUCUGGACGGUUUCUCGCGAGUUACACGGACCACAAUUUGAGACCGCGCGUUCACGCUGAGAUUCAAGUCCUGGAGCAUUUCUUUGCUAAUAAAUUCUCCUUUGCGGCCGGUGACCCAUACAUCGCGUGUAGCAAGCCGGCGUGCUUUUGCUGCCUUCUCUACUUCCGAAACCAUCCGGGCCACUUCGUAGAGCCAACCUCUCAUCGCAAGAUAUACUUGAAUUGGCGACCGCCCGAUCCAAACUCUGAAGACGGUAUUAUUAGCCAGAGACGCCAAAGAGACAUUCUGAAUGCCAUGACCCAAGACAUUCGAAAGGAGGCUCUGCGGCAGAUUGAUGAAAAAGCCGCGCCAAAAGCCUGGCACCCCGAUUCAAUCACUGGAAUC